CUGGGGCAGGAUGAGCGCUCCUUUCCAAGAUGGCGGCGGAGGGAGGUGGGAAGGAGAUGAACGAGAUUAAGACCCAGUUCACCACUCGGGAGGGGCUGUACAAGCUGCUGAGCCACUCGGAGUACAGCCGGCCUAACCGCGUGCCCUUCAACUCGCAGGGCUCCAACCCCGUCCGCGUCUCCUUCGUCAACGUCAACGACCAGAGCGGCAACGGGGACCGGCUCUGCUUCAAUGUGGGCCGGGAGCUCUACUUCUACAUCUACAAGGGGGUCCGCAAGGCUGCGGACUUGAGUAAACCAAUAGACAAAAGGAUAUACAAAGGAACACAGCCUACAUGCCAUGACUUCAAUCACUUAACAGCCACAGCAGAAAGUGUGUCUCUUCUAGUGGGCUUCUCUGCAGGCCAGGUCCAACUUAUAGACCCUAUUAAAAAAGAAACUAGCAAAUUAUUUAACGAGGAAAGACUAAUAGACAAGUCCCGAGUAACCUGUGUAAAAUGGGUACCAGGUUCGGAAAGCCUUUUCCUAGUAGCUCAUUCCAGUGGCAAUAUGUACUUGUAUAACGUGGAGCACACUUGUGGUACCACAGCCCCGCACUACCAGCUACUUAAACAAGGAGAGAGUUUUGCAGUGCAUACUUGCAAGAGUAAAUCCACAAGAAACCCUCUGCUUAAAUGGACAGUAGGUGAGGGUGCCCUGAAUGAAUUUGCCUUUUCCCCUGACGGAAAGUUCUUGGCGUGCGUGAGCCAGGAUGGUUUUCUUCGCGUGUUUAACUUUGAUUCGGUGGAAUUGCAUGGUACAAUGAAAAGCUACUUUGGAGGAUUGCUAUGUGUGUGUUGGAGCCCCGAUGGGAAAUACAUAGUGACAGGCGGAGAGGAUGACUUGGUGACAGUUUGGUCUUUCGUGGACUGUCGAGUUAUAGCGAGAGGCCAUGGACAUAAAUCGUGGGUCAGUGUUGUUGCGUUUGAUCCAUAUACCACUAGUGUAGAAGAGAGCGAUCCGAUGGAAUUUAGCGGAAGUGAUGAGGAUUUCCAAGACCUCCAUUUUGGCAGAGAUCGAGCGAAUAGCACGCAAUCUAGACUAUCCAAAAGGAACUCUACAGACAGUCGUCCAGUGAGUGUUACGUAUAGAUUUGGUUCAGUAGGCCAGGACACACAGCUCUGUUUGUGGGAUCUUACAGAAGAUAUCCUCUUCCCCCACCAACCUCUCUCAAGAGCAAGGACACAUACAAAUGUCAUGAAUGCCACAAGUCCACCUGCGGGAAGUGGUGGAACUAACCCAGGAAGUAAUGGAAACAGUAUCACAACACCUGGAAACUCUGUACCCCCUCCUCUUCCACGGUCAAACAGCCUUCCACACUCUGCAGUCUCAAAUGCUGGCAGUAAAAGCAGUGUCAUGGAUGGUGCCAUUGCUUCUGGCGUUAGUAAAUUUGCAACCUUGUCGCUACACGAUCGGAAGGAAAGACACCAUGAAAAAGAUCACAAGAGAAACCAUAGCAUGGGACAUAUAUCUAGCAAGAGCAGUGACAAACUGAACCUAGUUACUAAAACCAAAACGGACCCAGCUAAAACUUUGGGAACACCUCUCUGUCCCCGAAUGGAAGAUGUUCCCUUGUUAGAGCCUCUUAUCUGUAAAAAGAUAGCACAUGAAAGACUGACUGUGUUAAUUUUUCUUGAAGACUGUAUAGUCACUGCUUGUCAGGAGGGAUUUAUUUGCACAUGGGCAAGGCCUGGUAAAGUGAUAGCUAAAUUUUGACUGAAGCUAAGUGUGGUGAUUCUUACAAUCAAAAGUACUUUGUGCUACAAUAGCUAUGCCUGCCAGCAACAGUUCAAAGGACUACAGCUAUGAAAACAUUUCCAGAGUUGAUCUGAGGAAAAGGACCGUUACUUUUGUGAAAAUUUCUGAAAGGGAAUGUAGAUUAUCACCUGAACUGAAAGAAAUGAUCUGGCAAUACCCGAAUAAUGCCAUGUUGAGCAACUUAAAUGAAAAUGUGGUUUGUUAGAUUUUAACCAUUUGGUUCAUAAAUCUGACAUUUGAAGCAGAGGUACUGUAUAUAUUUAGAUACCACAUCUUCACUACUAUAAACUUGCAAGUAAAACUCAAUAAUUUUUCUUAAAAUUGUUUGUACAAUGUAGGCUUUUUUGAGACCUUAUCAAAUUUGUCAUAGGUAUGCAUAAACAUCUGUGUCUGUCCAGCAUCUUAAUGCAUAUUUAAAGGUUGAAUCUAAAACUUAAAAUUAAAAACCCCUUUAUGGCAGAAGGGAGGAAGAUGUUACUUAAAAGUAUUUUUUUGCUUGAGAACUAUAAAUCCAGCAUUAAUUUAAAAAAUUUUUAAAAAAUGCAUUCCCUUAAAACACUAAAUUAUUUAAAAUGUUUGCUCAAAAUGAAAGUAUUAAAGGAGUUAUACUUGUGUGACUCAGUGCACUUCACAUCUUAUCAACUACAGCAGUGCCUCAGAUUGCUGUUGUGAGCUACAUUCUCUUUUUGUUCUAAAACUCCUUUGCAUACUAUUAAACACUACACUGUCACGUUUAUUUUCAGUGGCUGAAGUGGGUUUGUUAGACUGAGUAUAACUUAAAUAUUUUUGUGUAUUGACUUUGAUUUGGAAUAUGACAUUUCAAAUAUUUCAGAGAUAAAGUAUGCAGUACCAAAAAUCAGGAUUUAUGUAUUGGCCAAUAUGGAAAACUUUAACUACAGGUAAGUAAUUUUCAUGCUGAAGUUAUCACUUUCAAAAUUAAUAUAUUGCACACUGAUGUAAAUGCCAUAUUCUUUAGGAUGUAUUUACUUAGAAAUUUUCAAAUUAAUUUGGUUCUGAUUUCACUUGCAUUUCUAGUGAGCUCACUCUGCUGGUAAAAGCUAAAUUUUGGUGGCAUGUUUACAGGGCUUUGUAAGGAAAAUACUUGUGCCAGAAGGACGUUAUGGACAUCCUUUUUGUUUAUAGGAAAGCACUUAAUUUUAUUUAAAGAGAAUUGUCAAAGUAUAAAACACUCAUGGUGAUGUCUUUCUUACUGGGUUAUACACCAUCAUUUCUGUUUCACCAGCUGUUUUAUCCUAGGUUGUCCCAUUACUCUGGGGUUUAAAGUUGCUAUUUCUAGUCUUCCUUUGACAUAUGGCUCCCCAAGUGAUCUUAAAGCUCCGUCACUUUUUUGUCUGCCAGCUCUAUAGAGUGAAAGCCCCUGAAUCUUGCUGCUGCUUCCAUCACUGCCUCAAAAGGCCUUCAUUAACUUGAUGCCACUGCUAGCCUAAAGAAAGAAUUGGGUGGAAAAGCAAAGGAGGCUUGCAGUGUCUAAUGUAAUUUCCAUUGAGCCAGUGCUACCCUUCCCUCUUACUUCCAACAGCCAUCAAAACAUGCACUGGAUAAUUGGGCAGGGUAUGACAAGUGCCGUUUUUUUUUUUCUGGUUGGGCUUGUGCUGCCCCGAGUAGAAAAAAAAUCCAGGAGUGUCUCUUCAGCCAUGAUCCCUGUGGUAGUUGAUAGUCUCUACAGUGCUGACAUUUCUGCUUCAGUGUGUGCAAAAUCAUACCUUGAGCUUCCUCAUGGGCUGUACCGUUCUUGCAUUGCACUUCCAGAACUGCUCUGCCAGCUCCCAGUCAGUGAAGUGAAGUGAAUGGCAAAAUUCAAUUAGAAACAAAUUGGAUGAGGCUCAGGGUUCAUUAGUUUCAUUUUGUAUUCUUUUUUUUUUUUUUUUUUUUCCCCUUUUUUUUGAGCUGGGUUCUAUGAGAGAAGGUUCAGGGCGGUCAGAAAAAUAGGUUGCCUUAACAAGAGUAUGAACUUUUCUUCUCAACAUGGUGACAAUUAGCUGUCAUCUCUCACCCCUGUCUUUCCCAGGCCCUGACAGGAAACGUACAUGGGAUUACAGAACUGUUGGAUUGAUCUGAAAACUUAGAAACAGAAUUUGGAAAGGACAAAAGUAAACUUUAUUGUGCUGCUUUGUCAAAUGGAAUUACAGGAAUUGCAGAAGCAAUUAAAAAACCCCAACAAAACCAACCCACAAAACCCCAAAGUGGUACUUGGGUAUGCAAAAUAAGUUUUCUCUGAACUCAGUGGUCAGAGUAACUGCUUAGGUGAUUUCUCUGUUGGACUUUAGAACUGACUGUUCACUGUACAGUGACUCCAUUUUAUGUCAAUGAAAGUUGCCAGUGAGUUCCCUGUGUCAGAAAGCUCAAGGUAAGAUUGGCCAGAAGUGUCCCCAGAUGAAAUGGCAGUGUAUAACCUAGCAAGAGAAACAUCCUACCACUUUGUAAAACAAAUGCACAUGAAAUUUAUUUAUUUGACUUAUUGUACAGGAAAACUUAAAUUAUAACAUCCUUGAAUUUUCUAAUUAACUACAACGGUAGUACAGUAUCAUGUUUUAGUAUGACUUCUGUUUUAGUGAAAGUACUUAAACAUUCAUGUACUAUAUUUGAGUGAGACAAGCAGCUAUACAUACUAAUUCUUCCUCAGUGGAAAGGAGCAUUUCAUCAUUACAAUUGAAGUUCAAUUGCUGGUAUUUAAGUACUAUCAAAUAGAUUCCUUUCAACGUGAUACGGUAUCUGUAUAAACUUCAGGGAUGAUUAUAGUUAAACUGAAACACAGCUAUGCGACUUCAGGUUACCAUGCUGAAAUUUGAAGCUUUCUGUAAUGUGCACAGUAGCAAAGUUGCACAUGGCAUACCCGCACUAUCAGGGUGAAUUGAACCUAGAGUACACUGGUGUGAUAUUUAUAGCAAGGUGUGUGUGUGUGCGUGUGUGAGGAGGUGUGACAAGUGGCUCCAGUAAAGCCAGGAGAGAUCAUAACCCUGUAAAGGCUUUAUGAUGAGGAUGUCUGGAUUAGGAAAUAACAUGACUUUUACUAAACGCUUUCUAGAAAACCCAUGUUCUGAAUUAUCACCUCUUAAAAUUUGAGUAUGUACUUGGAAUGACUGUAUAUGUCUGCCCCUUUAACAACAUAAAACGACUAAAUUAAUAUUUAAAAUGCUGGCCUGCUUAUGUUACAAUAAUAAAAUUUGUGUCAGUUAAUUUACUGUUAAUUUACAUGUAAAGAUUAAACUAUUUUUUCUGCAUUUUAUGAUUCUGUAUACUGGAGUUUGUUAAAGAUUGACAUGUUAGGUGAUACUGUACAAAUUGUAUUGACUACCUUUAGUGAAAAUCAAAAGUAAAAUUCAUAUGUAUUUCCUUUUUACACUACCAUCUAAUUUCUUGACAACUUGAAUAAAUUUCAUAGAGCCUUUCUAACAUGAACUAUUGUUAAUUUAACUGUUGCAAUAAUUAAGCUUUAAGAAGUAUUGUUGGUAUAUUUAUAAUUUUAAGAAGAUCAUGUUUGUUUCAUACUGCUUAUUUUUAGCUGUUCUAUUGUCACUGUUACAGCUGAAGAACUUUACUAAAUACUUGACAUUACAAAAUAACUUGCUGGGGUUUGUCCUCUGUAUACUGAUGUUAAAUAAAAAUGUGUGAUUGAACUG